AUGGGGACCAUUUUCUCCUGGAUGCUCCUGCUCCUGCUGUUGGUGCCAGUGGAGGUCCAGCAGAAUUCUGAUUUCCAUCUGGCUGGGGAUUACCUCCUGGGGGGAUUGUUCACCCUCCAUGCCAAUGUCAGGGGCACAGCUCAUCUCAAUUACCUGCAGGUGCCCCAGUGCAAAGACUAUGAUGUGAAGGUGCUGGGCUACAAUCUGAUGCAAGCUAUGCGCUUUGCCGUGGAGGAGAUUAACAAUGACAGCAGCCUGCUGCCAGGGUUGUUGCUGGGCUACGAGAUAGUGGAUGUGUGUUAUGUCACCAACAAUAUCCAGCCGAUCCUCUACUUCCUGGCCAAGGAGAACUUCAAUCUACCCAUCCAGCAAGACUACAGCAGCUAUGAGCCCCGUGUGGUAGCUGUCAUUGGCCCUGACACCUCCGAAUCUGUCACCACUGUCAGCAACCUCCUUUCCCUCUUCCUCCUUCCACAGAUCAGCUACAGCGCCAUCAGUGAUGACUUUCGGGACACUAGUCGGUUCCCAGCUUUAUUCCGCACCAUCUCCAGCGGAGAGCAUCAGGUCGAGGCCAUGAUUCAGCUCAUAAACUACUUCAGCUGGAACUGGGUCAUUGUCAUCGCGAGCAGCGAUGACUACGGCCGGGAGAACAGCCAACUGUUCAACGAGAAGCUGGAGGGACGGGAUAUCUGUAUUGCCUUUCAGGAAUCCCUCCCUGUCCCAACAGGCAACCGGACCAUAAUGCCCCAGGAGAAGAAAAGAAUAGAGGUCAUAGUGGAUAAGAUCAAGAAAAGUACAGCCAAAGUGGUGGCUGUGAUGUCCCUGGACCUGGCCCUCUUCGACUUCUUUGAGGAGGUCAUCUGUCAGAACCUCACGGGCACCGUGUGGAUUGCCUCGGAGUCCUGGUCCAUCGACCCUGUCAUCCACAGCAUCUCCCGUAUCCAGCAAGCAGGCACCUUUCUGGGCAUCACCACCCAGAGCAUCCCCAUCCCUGGCUUCAGCGACUUCAGGAUCAGGACUCACAUCCAGAGGCCCCUGGUGAACAAGAACACCUCAGAGCCCACCUGCAACCAGGAAUGUGACAGCUGCCUGAACACCACCAAGUCCUACAGUACCAUCCUCACCCUGUCCGGGGAUCGCGUGGCCUACAAUGUCUACUCGGCCGUCUACACUGUGGCCCAUGCCCUGCACCGCCUGCUUGGCUGCAAUCGUACCGGCUGCUCCAAGGAUGUGGUGUAUCCUUGGAAGUUGCUCCAGGAAAUUCGGAAGGUGAACUUCACCCUAUUGGGCCAGAGAAUCUUCUUUACCAAGCAUGGGGAUCCACCCUUAGGCUUAGAGAUCAUUCAGUGGCAAUGGGAAGAGGGUCGCAACCCCUUCGAGAGCAUCGCCUUCUACAAGCCAGAUCGACGCCAGUUGCAGAAAAUAGCUACUAACAUCUCUUGGAACACACCCAACAACAUGGUUCCCUCCUCCGUCUGCUCCAAGAAUUGUCAGCUGGGUCAGAGGAAGAAGUCAGUGGGGUUACACAUCUGCUGCUUUGAGUGUAUCAACUGCUCAGCUGGGACCUACCUCAAUCAGUCAGAUGACUUUGAAUGCCAGUCCUGCCCAGAAUAUGAAUGGUCCAAGGAAGGGGAUAUCCAAUGUUUCAAGAGGCGCCUGCGGUUCCUGGAGUGGCAGGAGCCAGCCACCAUCAUCGUUGCCAUCUUUGCCAGCCUAGGUUUCCUCAGUACCCUGGCCAUCUUCAUCAUCUUCUGGGUACACUUCCAGACACCCAUGGUGCGUUCUGCAGGGGGACAGAUGUGCUUCCUUAUGCUGACGCCCCUGCUGGUGGCCUAUGCCUCGGUGCCUGUAUACAUAGGGCGGCCCACUGUCUUCUCCUGCCUCUGCCGCCAGACCCUCUUCACCCUAUGCUUUACGGUCUGCAUUGCCUGCAUCACCGUCCGAUCCUUCCAGAUCGUCUGCAUCUUCAAGAUGGCACGUCGGCUGCCUCGUGCCUAUAGUUACUGGGUCAAGUACAAUGGCCCUUAUGUCUUUGUGGUGCUGAUCACUUUGAUCAAGGUGGUCAUUGUGACUGCCAAUAUUAUGGUCGCACCCACCAACCUCACCAUCCGAUUCGACCCUGACGACGCCAGGAUAAUGAUUCUUAACUGCAAUGCCAACUAUACCAAAGCCUUGUUGCUCAACACUAGCUUGGAACUCAUCCUCUCCAUCUUCGGCUUCAGUUUUUCCUACAUGGGCAAGGAGCUGCCCACUAAUUACAAUGAAGCCAAAUUCAUCACGCUCAGCAUGACCUUUUACUUCGUAUCUUCUGUCUUCCUCUGCACUUUCAUGUCAGUCUACCAGGGGGUCCUGGUCAACAUCUUUGACAUGUCCAUCACAGUGAUCAACUUGCUUGGCAUCAGCAUGGGGUAUUUUGGCCCCAAGUGUUACAUGAUUCUUUUCCACCCUGAGCGUAACACAUUGACCUAUUUCAACAAUGUGAUCCAGGGCUAUACCAUGAGGAAGGAUUAG